AUGAGCGUCGCCCCAGCAAGCAAGGAAGUUCUGGAGCAGGCAGAUGUCCUGGCAGCCUGGCUGCAACAGAUUUCGGACGAAGAGCACUGGCGACCGUACCGAGGCAGCGUCGAGAUUGAACAGUGUAGUCAUCCAGAUCGGACAAGUAGGGUCAGGCCUUUCAUCAGUGCAGGAAACGUUGAAACCAAAGGUCGAGCGGCUUUUCUCCUGAGGUGUCGCGGACCGAGUCGCGAAUCUCUUGAACCAACAUCGCUCGAAAUGUUCCCGGGCGAAAUCCUGACGUUAUAUCACGACAAAGAUUUCCCCCUAACCAUGGAUGGGAAACCGUUAAUCGUCGGAGAACGGACAAUAAUCACCCAGCCCGCUAGCAUAAAUGUUGCUCCUGGAGAUAUGCUGCUAUUGAUCGUGAUAUUCACAAAGCGUUGA